CAGACUUCUUUUUCUUGGAAGUAGAUUUUCGUCGGUCAAAUGAAAGGAGGGAAGAGGACGCUGAAGCAUGGAGCCAUGAACCGGGCGUGCUGGUAUUAGGCUAUCAGCCGUCCGGGGUUCUGAAACGAACCUAUGCGAUUUCCGACCAGCCUGUGUCGUCCGAUCACCACCUUUAGUCUCUUGGCCAAUCUCCAACUUCCACCCGAUACCACAAAACGAAGAGUUGCUGAGCAGAGCUGCUUAGCUCUUCUUCAAUCCUGCGAUACUAUCCAGAAGCUUACUCAAAUCCAAACCCUUAUUCUCAAAUUGGGUCUUCGAAACAACCCAUUAGUCCUCACCAAGUUUGCCUCCACUUCCUCCGAGCUUCGUGCCAUCCAUUAUGCUUCGUCAUUUGUAUUCUCUCCCGACGCCGACACCCGUGUUUAUGACCCAUUCCUGUUCAAUACUGUCAUUAGGGCGUAUGCUCAUACGAGUAACUCAAAGGAAAAGGCUAUAUAUUUCUACCGAACUAUGCUCGAUUAUGGAGUUUUCCCUAAUAAAUUCACUUUCCCGUUCGUCCUCAAGUCCUGUGCGGGCAUUGCACAUUUGAAUUUAGGCAAAUCUGUUCAUGGGUCGGUCGUGAAGUUCGGAUUUGAUGACGAUCUUCAUGUCCAGAACACAAUGAUUCACAUGUACUGUUGUUGUGACGAAGGGCUCGAGUUUGCAAGAAAGGUGUUCGACGAAACUCCGAAAUUAGAUUCAGUGACAUGGAGUGCGAUGAUUGGCGGGUAUGCACGUUUAGGCCGUUCUGCAAACGCCAUUGCAUUGUUUCGGGAAAUGCAGGUUAUGGGAGUUCGCCCAGAUGAAAUCACAAUGGUUUCGGUUUUAUCUGCGUGUGCGGAUUCAGGAGCACUUGAGCUAGGGAAUUGGAUAGAAUCUUAUGUUCGUCGAGAAAAAAUCCAACAGCCUGUGGAGCUCUGCAAUGCGCUAAUAGACAUGUUUGCAAAAUGUGGUGCGAUUGACAAGGCCAUAAAAUUGUUCAGACAAAUGAGCGUUCGUACUAUAGUUUCGUGGACUUCUGUUAUUGUUGGUCUGGCCAUGCAUGGUCGUGGCGAAGAAGCUGUUUCUGUGUUUAAAGAGAUGAUAGAAGCAGGACUGGCCCCUGACGAUGUUGCUUUUAUUGGAUUGCUUUCUGCUUGUAGCCACUCAGGAUUAGUUGAAGCAGGACGUCAUUAUUUCAAUUCAAUGGUGGAGAAAUUCGGAAUUGAGCCCAAGAUAGAACAUUAUGGCUGUAUGGUUGAUCUAUUCAGCAGAGCUGGACUUGUAAAAGAAGCUCUUGAUUUUGUACAGCAAAUGCCCAUUGAACCAAACCAGAUUAUAUGGAGAAGCAUAAUCACUGCCUGUCACGCCCGUGGAGAGCUCAAGCUCGGAGAGAGCAUCACAAAACAGCUAAUAGAAAACGAACCCAUGCAUGAAUCUAACUAUGUGCUGCUUUCAAACAUUUAUGCAAAGUUGCUGCACUGGGAGAGGAAAACCAAGAUUAGAGAAAUGAUGGAUAUGAAAGGGAUGAAAAAGAUUCCAGGGAGCACUAUGAUAGAGCUAAAUAAUGAAUUGUACGAGUUUGUGGCUGGAGAUAAAUCGCACCACCAGUACAAAGAAAUAUAUGAAAUGAUGGAUGAGAUGGGAAGGGAGAUGAAGAGGGCAGGAUAUGUGCCUACAACAUCACAGGUGUUGCUUGACAUUGACGAAGAAGACAAAGAGGAUUCUUUAUACAGACACAGUGAAAAGCUUGCUAUAGCUUUUGCUCUUAUAAACACACCCCCUGGAACAACAAUUAGAUUUGUGAAGAAUUUGCGCGUUUGUGAAGAUUGCCACUCAGCCACGAAGUUCAUAUCAAAGAUAUAUAACCGAGAGAUUGUGGUGAGGGACCGCAAUCGCUUCCACCACUUCAAGAGUGGUUCGUGUUCAUGUGGUGACUUCUGGUGACCAAAUCCUUUUAGCAUUAAAGAUAUGUGAAUCAUUUGCCUAAAGCAUCAAUCUUUGUUUGUCCUCAUGGCAUUUCCAGGUUAGAAGCGGCCGAUCACUUCAAAGCUAUCCCAGUCAGGUUCAUGUACCCAGUAACAGUAGGAAGUCAUUUUUUUUUUUAAUUGAUCUUAGACUACUGUUGGGAAAGUUGAGAAAGCUACAUAGAUUUUCUUUUAUAUUUUCCAUGACCGGAUUCCAAUUUAUCGUGGGAGAUGGCCUUCUUUUAUUAUGCACCAAGCCCAGGCCAGUGUUUCACCAAUGGAUUACUGACAGCCCAAAUGCCCUGUGGAUGAUGUAACCCGAACCAUCAGAAUGAAUUUAUUGUUGAGUCGAUAAAGAUUCUGGGUUCGUUGGAAGGAAGGGUAGUGAAAUGGUCCCUUGUCAAGUGAAGUGGCAAGGGUUCAUUUUUUUUUUUUUUUUUUGUGACAUUGAAUUUGGUGACUACCAGCCCCAUUCUUUUACUAUAUCUAGAGACAUAAAUGGAGUACUGAACUCAGCGUUAAUGAAACGGAAGUCAACCUGAAUUGGAGCAGGGACCACGAUAAGCUAAAAGCAAGAAUGUUGAAUUCGCUUGCUUUGCUGAAGAAUGUUGAUUCAUAAAAUUCCAAGGACUCAUUCAACUAGAUAAUGAUGCUGAAGAGGCGAGACCUGCAUCUCCAUGUAAUUCCCAUACAAAUAGGGCUCCGUUUCAUGUAAUAUCUUAAAACCCAGCUGGCUCUCUAUGACUUAAGGCAGACAAAUAUAUUGCUUGAUAUUUCAUCA